AUGAAAGCAGAGCCACCACUUCAUAAGGAGCUUCUGGAUGCUAUUAUCAAAGACAACAAACUCUUCCUACAGGAGCAAGAGCUGAAUGCUCGGACCCAAGUUCUGCAAGCCUCAUCAUCAUGCUCAUCCAAGCCCAAUGGUUCAGACGACAACAACCCUCCGGGGAGCUGUGGCCCGUCUGGUGGGGGGGGAGGAGGAGGCGGCUUCAACACCAUCAGCAGACUGGUGUUUUAA